AUGCCACAGUCAGCGUGCGACGUGUAUGCUCCCUGUGGGGCAUAUGGCUGCUGCAACCCCCGUGCCCUGCUGUACUGCAACUGUGUCAAGGGGUUCAGCCAGAAGGUUCAGAGUGACUGGGACCUCCAAGAUUACAGUGGUGGGUGCAAGAGGAAUGCACCAUUGUUCUGCCAGACCAACUCGAGAUCCGCGCACACUCAGUCUGAUAAGUUCUAUGUCAUGACAGAUGUGAGGCUACCUGAUAAUGUUCGGGGUGCAGUUGCCAAAAGCUCUCAACAAUGUCAGGUGGCUUGUCUGAAUAAUUGCUCUUGCACAGCUUACGCUUACAAUCACGCCGGGUGCAUUGUUUGGCAUGGGGACCUGAUUAACCUCCAACAACAAUACAUGGGAACUGGAGGAGGCACACUCCUCCUCAGGCUUGCAGCAUCGGAGCUGCCAGAUCAACAAAGGACAUCCGAGCUGCCAGAUCAACAAAGCAGGAAAACAAGGAUCAAUGGUACAUUGGAUGGUAUUCGAAGCAUCGAUUCACUUCUUCUCGAUCUAUCAACACUAAGAGCGGCGACAAAUGACUUCGGCGAAGGAAAUAUGCUUGGUAAAGGAGGUUUUGGGAUGGUUCAUAAGGGAGUCCUACGUGACGGUAAACAAAUAGCAGUAAAAAGACUAUGUCAGAGUUCCAGACAAGGAAUAGGGGAACUGAAAAGUGAACUUGUCCUGGUCGCUAAGCUUCGCCACAGGAAUCUUGUGAGCCUCAUUGGCGUUUGUUUGGAAGAACAAGAGAAAAUACUUGUGUAUGAAUUUAUGCCCAACAGAAGCCUUGACACCAUUCUUUUCGAUUCUGAGAAACGCAGAGACUUAGAUUGGGGAAGCAGAUUCAAAAUUAUCAGUGGGGUUGCUAGGGGACUGCAGUAUCUCCAUGAAGAUUCUCAACUGAAGAUAGUUCACCGUGACCUGAAAGCGAGCAAUAUCCUGUUGGACCUUGAUUACAACCCUAAGAUUUCUGACUUUGGCUUAGCGAAGAUAUUCGGAGGGGAUCAAUCAGAAGAUGUCACUAGGCGCAUCGCUGGGACAUACGGAUACAUGUCGCCUGAAUAUGCCAUGCAUGGUCAAUACUCCGCAAAGUCGGACGCAUUCAGCUUCGGUGUUUUGGUUUUGGAGAUCGUCACAGGGAGAAGAAACAAUGGCUCCUGCAACUCCGAGCAAUAUGUCUAUCUCGUAAACCUUGUAUGGGAGCACUGGACCAGGGGAAAUGUCAUCGAGUUGAUCGAUCCAUCCCUUAGCGACCAUCCCUCUCACGUUGACCAGGUGCUGAAGUGCAUCCAGAUCGGGCUGCUGUGCGUGCAGAACAGGCCUGAAGAUAGGCCGGCGAUGUCGUCGGUGAAUGUCAUGCUUAGCAGCCAGAGUGCUCGCCUCCCUUCUGUUUCCAUGCCAGGCUUCUCUGACGGAUUGAGUGGACGCAGUGACAAUAAUUCAAAAGCGGCGUCCUCAAAUGGAAUGACCAUCACAAAGCUCGAGCCAAGAUGA